AUGCAUGUGUGCGGUAUUGCGUUGACUAUUUUUCACUAUUACCAGAAGAGGCAUCCUUUCACUGAAUUUGACCGCUACAUGCUUUCCACUCUCUGCUUGUUUUUGGCUUGCAAGAUUGACUAUUUUAAAUUCUAAUACUUUGACUUCAUUGAGUACUACUAUCACAACAGAAAGCAAGGUAGAGGUAGAGUUAAGCCAUUUGAUGAAAUCAAGGAAAGCCUAAAAGAGAAUUUCAUAGAUCUAGAGUUUAAGGUCUUAAUAACAAUUGAGUUUGACUUUGAUAUUGAUUCUCCAUAUGAAUAUCUAAACAUCUUUUAUUAUCAGCAUAGAAAGAUAUUGUUUGAUAAAGUCAUGCUAAAUCCAGACGAAGCAAAAAGGAAGAUGUUCGAAGUACACUAUAAAUUCUUUAUUGAACUAGCAAAGAAGUUUAUCUAUGACAGCUAUAUUCAUCCAUUUUGCUUAUAUUUCCCAGCUCCAUGUAUUGCUGCAGCCUGCAUCUUCAUAAGCGCUGAUUUAUUUCUAAAGACCAAUCAUUAGCAGGAAUCAAAUAUCAUAGAUGUGAAAUUGUUGGGCUCUUAAAUUCUUGAAGAGUAUAAUUUGAAGAGUUUCUUAGAAGUGGAAAUCACAGAUGAUCCUGACAUUAAUCUAGUUUAAAAUCAUGCCUGGCUUAAUCUGCUUUUGCCAGUUGAACGCUAGCAAAAUGAAAGGGUUUCUAUGGUUGAUGUACUAUUCCUGUAAAAUGAAAUACUUUAGAAGAUUGCUGAUUAAGUAAAUACUCCUGCCAAAUAAUGA